GAUUAUACCUUUUCUCCAUAAAUGAAACUUGUCAAUUUGAAGACCAUUCCAUUGAUAAGCAUCGCAAGCGUUUUGCAUAGUCAGUAAAGUAUGAUGACAAAGAAGAAAAGUAGUUCAUCGGUUAUCCUUGAACUGAAAGAAUUAGUUGAUCAUAUCAAUAACACUAUUCCUGAUGUCCCAGGAAAACAACGUCUAGUUAGAAUGUGUCAAAAAGAGACGACUCAUUUUGAGUCGUAAUAUCAUGAACAGGGGUGAUGUGUCAAUAAUUUGCACUUGAUGUCGCCUCUUUCCUAUUUACUUGGUUCUUUAACGAGAUUUUCGCAGUUGCGAAACCUUAGCUAUGACAGAUAUCCCUGUCUUCUUGCAUCCUCCGAUCAGGCUGAAAUCAAAACACUCAAUUAAUUCCAUUUUCAAUCAAUCGGACCUAUUAGAAUCAUCAUGAUGUUAGGAUAUUCGUAUGUUAAUUCUUUUAAAACCAAGAUAAUUCAGGGGAAUACAAUUUUAUUUUCAACAAAAUCACUGGCAUUUAUAUUUCGGUAAUAAAUAUACAAUUAGUAGAUGCAGCUGCUGCUUUCAAAUCAUUGGCAUGCUCCGAGCACCAGGAUUCUCGGUCCUUACACAAACUUUGUCCAACUUCAUUGCUUGCCGUCUGACUUAGCCGACGAUUCAGCUGUUUGUUCCAAUUUGCCAUAUUUCAAAGCGAUAACCACAAUCGCCAAUUCUUAUGGUAAUCGUCUUGUGGAUUUAUUAUGUCGUUAUCGUCUACCGUUGGAAUCAACUGUCAACAGUAGUAUUCAUGUACAACAGUUUGAUGAUGAUGAUGAUGAUGAUAAUCACAAUAAUGUUGUCAGUUCUCUUAAUGCGAUUCAUUCAAAUAGUAAUGAUUAUUUAUUACGAUGCGAUAAACAAGACUCUCUGCUCGUUGAUUUAAUAUGUACACAAUCAGAUGAAGGUAUCGAUGAUUUUUCACGAUCUAGAACCUGUUAUGGUAAUGCAGAUGAAGCUAGUCUAUGGGCUCCUGCUUUGUGGAUUAAAGUUGUGACUCGUGAUUCAUCUCGUCUUAAUAAUGCUUGGCGAGGUGAAGCUUCUUCAAAACAUGUAGCUUGUUUGGGACGUCAAGCGGAAGAGUUAGUCCUAGCAUCUCACUGGUAUCAACGAGGUCAACCGAAAUAUUGGAUUCGUGUAAUCGUACAUUGGCUACCACAUGGAUCUUUCUGUGCUGAAAUCAAUGAUAUAGAUUCAGAUUUACGUGAAUAUCUUCAGAAUAUUGAUGUGACAUUACUUACUGGUUCUAAUCCAUGGAUUAAUAACUGUGAUAUUCCUGCUAUCAUUUUCAAAAGUCCUAACUAUACUGUAUCUCUUAGAAAUUUAAUCUUACCUGUAUAUAAAUUCAAGAAAUUUUUAAAUAGUUUUACUGAAUACGAUAACACGUCUGGUGAUUUCAAACAAUUUAAAUUUGAAGCUAUAGAAAAGAUACUGUCGUUGUUGAAUAGAUUGUACAAAACAGUUAAUCAUGAAGAACAGAAGGCCAGUAUUCUUACUGAUGAAAUGUUAUUGUUUGAAGUGGAUGAUUCAUUGAAUUCCUUUAAAAUUACUUAUCCAAUGGAUGCAGUUUUACAGAAAUGUGCAUUAUGGCCAUUUCUAACAGAUUCUUAUGGUCGUGUAGAUGAAGUGAAUCGUAUAAAUUUGGAUGUUUCAGCUUUGAUUGCUUUUGUCUCUGAACUGUCACAAUUCAAUCCAACAUAUUCUCCUACUGAUCAAUUGAUAUCAAUUGACAAUAAUGAUAAUCAUGCCGAAGCUAUAUCUGAUAAAAUUCUAGAAUGUUUACAAUCAGUAGAAAGACGUACACAAUUACUGUUGAGCCAUCCUCCACUGAAACCAGAAAAAUUCGAAUGGCUAAUAGAAUCUGAAGCUGAAGUACCAGUACUUCUAUCGAUGGAUAAAUAUCUUCGAGGCAAAGUACCCGUUGUAUGCUUAAGUGCUGUUCAUUCAUUUUUAAAUAUUCUUGCCUUAAUAUCUGGACCAAGUGAAUGGAAACGUGGAAUUCGAUUAAUUAGUCACUUAGUUAUAUUACCUGAUUUAAAUUCAUCAGGUGAAAUAAUUUCACCAUUUAGUAAAACAAGAGAAUCUAAGAGUUCCAAUUAUUUAUUAACUCAACGUAUCAUGGAAUUCGGCAAUGUAUUAGAAGCGCUGACAAUAACAUCCAAUGCUGGUUUCCUAAGAUCUGUCCGUAAAUCAAACCUUAGAUAUUCGGCAUUGUUGCUGCCUGCUCGUGCUCUAACAGAAACCACUCCACGUAAUGUUGAAUCAUCGUCAUGAAGUGGAUUAAUUUGACCAGAAAAAUUUCCACUCGAUUUUCUCUAUUUUCUGUUCGUGUUGUCUAAAAAGAAGUCUAUUUUCAUUAUGUCAAUCAACGUACUUUUUUUCGAAAAUAACUUCUGUGUAUUCUUUAUUUUAUUUACAUUUAGCAGCGAGUAACAUGCUCUUUUUGAGAAAGGAUGUUUUGCGAUCAGUAAUUGGCAUUUAUUAGGGCUUGUGUUCAAAUAACAAAAGUAAAUCACUCCAUCAAAAGUUUUUCUGAUGCUUGUUAUUACCACUGUCAUAUUCUUUUUAUCUAGAAAUCUAUUAUUCGCAAUUCCUCAUACUCGUCAUAUAAACAAAUUUCUUUUGUAAAUUUUAAACUUUGGUUUUGCAUGACGCAACUCUCUUCUAACUCUUGAGACUGUAUAUUCCUAUUUCUAUCUAUUUAAUAGACUCUCGAUUAUUUUGUUAACGACAAAUACAGUUUAACAGCUACUGAGCAAAA